AGCAGAAUCAGCUGUUCCAUCGAGCAUUGUGACAAAGAGAUCUGCAGUGGGUCAAAAGACGAGAACCGGGACUUGCAUCAUUCACUUCCAACCCCUCGUACAACAACGUUCCGUAUUCUGAACAUCAGGUUCAUACACAAAAACCAAAAUGGCGACUAGCGAACAGAAACUGAUGACUUCAAUCCAAGCCCCUGUCGCUCACUCGGGAAGCAAAGUUACGAUUGUUGGUGUCGGCCAGGUUGGAAUGGCCUGUGCCUUCAGCAUCAUGACUCAGGGUAUCGCCUCUGAGCUGGCGCUGAUAGACGUGAUGGAGGACAAACUCAAGGGAGAACUCAUGGAUUUGCAACAUGGUUUGGCUUUCCUCGGCAACAUAAAAAUUAAUGCUGGUUCAGAUUACGCUCUGUCCGCUGGAUCAAAACUUUGCAUUGUUACCGCUGGAGCCCGCCAACGUGAGGGCGAAUCCCGCUUAAACUUGGUUCAACGCAAUGCAGAUAUUUUGAAGGGGAUGAUUCCUAAAUUGAUUCAACACAGCCCCGACACUAUUCUUCUUAUUGUUUCCAAUCCUGUUGAUUUGAUGACAUACGUAGCCUGGAAGCUCAGUGGCUUGCCAAAAGAACGUGUUAUUGGAUCUGGAACAAAUUUGGACUCUUCUCGUUUCCGCUUCCUUUUGUCGGAGCGAUUUAACGUCGCACCCAACUCCACCCAUGGUUGGAUCAUCGGAGAGCAUGGCGACUCCAGUGUCCCCGUCUGGUCUGGUGUCAAUGUUGCCGGCGUUCGCCUGAGGGAUCUCAAUCCAGCAGCUGGAACUGAUGCUGAUACUGAAAACUGGGGUCAGAUCCACACACAAGUCGUGCAAAGCGCCUAUGAAAUCAUUCGAUUGAAGGGUUAUACUUCCUGGGCUAUUGGUUUGAGCGUGUCGAUCCUCACCAAAGCCAUUUUGAAGAACUCACGCAACGUAUUCGCUGUCUCUACCUUUGUCCAAGGAAUCCAUGGAGUAGAGCAGCCUGUUUUCCUCUCCGUCCCCUGCGUGGUUGGGGAAAAUGGUAUUACCGACGUCAUCCAACAAACUUUAACAGACGGUGAACGCGCUCAGCUUCAAAAAUCGGCCAUCACUCUGAAUGAAGUUCAAGUUAACCUGGUGUUAUAAGAUAAUGUAUAAUGUAUUAAAUUCGAAAUGUUAUUGUAUUAUUCGAAUUAUGCCUCUUCACUGAACAUAAUUAGUAUACGUGUGUCGUAGAAUACAUGGUUGUUAAGUCA